AUGACAUCUGUUAUAGUGAGCUUAGAGGAUAUUAUAGAUAAUGUAAAAAAGAAUAUUAAAACGGUAUUCCAAAUGGAGUUAGAGCUGAAGCUCAGCAAAAAAUUAAUUGAAUCAGAUAAAUUAUCAUGUAUAGCUAAAAAAUCUAAAAAUAAUAGGCGCAAGACCGCAGUACCUGGAGGAGGAAGAAAGCCAGUUUAUAGCUCAAAACUAACUUAUCUUAAAAUAACACACUACCGUUUACUUUCAAAUAAAAAAAUCAAAGGCAUUGUGUUUACUUUUCAAAAUAUAAUUCAUUUAGAUUUUAAAGAAAGUACGGACUGUACAGGUGAAGUUCUAAAGCUAAUAGCGUUAAUAUACUCAAAUUUGGAGUAUCUUAAUAUAUCUGCUUUACGUGGAGGAUUUAAAUCAGAAAAUGAUAUAGGUUUAUCUGCAAUUGCAAACUCAUGCCAUAAACUAGAAUAUCUAAAUAUUUCUAUUCACAAAGAUUAUUGUGUAAUUACUAAUAUAACUAUCGAAGAAAUUGCUAGAUUAUGUCUUAAUUUAAAAUAUCUUAAUUUGAGAGGGUGUUAUAAAAUUAGCAAAGAGGCUGUAAAUCAGCUUGUUUCACUUAAUCUGAAUAUUAAAAACAACGUUACUAGUAGACAGAUUUUAGCUCAGAGUCUUUUAGAUCUAAGUAUGCGAGUUGCUACUUCUCAGAUUCGUGGUAUCGAUAAACUCAAAAACUACAUUGUAGAAGAAAUUGGUACUUCUCGCUUUGAUCUCUAUAAAAAUAGCGUACAUCUGAAAAAUCUUAUAAAUAUGAAGAAGGCAAUUCUUAAUUAUUUUAAUCCUGAAAAAGAUGAUAAUCUAACGGUCAUUGUACACCCUACCACUCCUAAAACUUUCUCUAACAAAUAG